AUGGUCCACAAAGAGGAGGAUGUAGGUUUCGAGACACCGUUUAAGCAGGAAGAUGUUGACAUGGAUCUGGUUUUUGGAGGGAACUUCCAGAAUGAUCACGAUAACUCGUCCGUACUGACUCCUGACGUCUUUCUCUCUCUCGUGUAUCGAUUGACAACUGUAUCGGUUGUCUUGAAGAUACUACAACAGACCAACCAUCCAGCCAAUCGUGCAACUCCACUCACACGAUCCGCUAUGCCGUCUAUCCACCCCGCAAUCGACAACGGUCUCACCAAGGGCAGCCCCACCUUCUCCGGCGGCAAGCUGUACUGCCACUGCCCCUCGAGAAAGGUCGAAGUAACGCUCGAUGGCAACGUGGCCUUUAAUCACGCCUGUGGCUGCUCGAAAUGCUGGAAACCGAAAGGCGCCCUCUUCUCCAUCGUUGGCGUCAUCCCAAAAGACAAAGUCUCCGUCACAGCCAACGGCGAUAAACUUAGAGUCAUCGACGAGUCGGCGGCUAUCCAGCGCAACGCCUGCAAAGAGUGCGGUGUGCAUCUCUUCGGUCGUAUCCACGUCGACCACGCGUUCAAGGGCCUCGACUUUGUGCAUGUUGAGUUGAGUGACAAGAAGGGCUGGCAAGAGCCUCAAUUUGCGGCCUUUGUAAGCAGUAUCAUCGAGCAGGGCUUCGACCCAUCAGGCAUGGAGGAGAUUCGCAACAAGCUCAGGAGCGUAGGCCUGGAGCCAUACGAUGUGCUGAGUCCACCGUUGAUGGACAUGAUUGCAACACACACGGCGAAGAAGAGUGGAAAGUUGUCGGCCAAGUUGUAA